AUGGUGCGGGACACGAGUCGACAUGUGUCUGUUGUAAAAUCCAGACCAACCAAGGAGGCGGUGAAGGAGCAGGAAACAGCUUUGAAGCGCAGUAAGCGCAGCAAAUUCACACCGAAAUCUUCCCACAGUAAAGGGAACCCUAUCCACAGAACGUUGAAGUAUCAUGAGAAGAAGCUCCUCCGCAAGCAUGAUUUCAUGCAAUACCCGCAAGACAAUUGGCACGAGCCCUUCUGUAUUACAAAAUAUCAUUUAGAGGAUCGUGAAGAUUACCGCCGUUACCUGCGUCUAGUGGGACUCAUUCGACAACUGUUGACACAUCUUCGCUACCUCCCAGCUGAUAGUAAGAUACGGAUACAAAUAACGCAACAGAUUCUGGACAAACUUUAUGCUAUGGGUUUGAUUAACGAAAAACUUGGACUUGCUGAGGUUGACAAGGUCGGUGUCGAAGUAUUUUGUAAGCGGCGGCUUCCAACAGUUCUCCGUGAUCUUAACAUGGCUCCUAACUGCAAGAUUGCGGCAGAUUUUGUGCAUCAUGGCCAUGUGAGAGUAGGAACUUCUCAAAUUAGGGACCCCGCGUUUCUUGUUCCAAGAGACUUGGAGGAUUACGUCACGUGGAUGCCCGGUUCAAAGGUGAAGCAACACGUGGACACAUUUAACGUACAGCGGGACGAUUACGAGUAA